AUGACUAAUCGCGGCGCGCUCGGCCUUCAGAGGCAUGCUCCUAUGAAACAAAACAACCAAGUCAUGAGACAACAUCGGCCUGUACAUUUUGUGACUGUCGUCGCCGAACCAAAGCAAGAUACAGACAGACCGAGGUUGGCUAAGGACAGGAACGUGGGAGUCACAACAGAGUGGGCGACGCGCGAGCUAGCCAAUGGCAAGGGCAAGGGCAAGGGCAAGGGCAAGGGCAAGGGCAAGGGCGAGGAUCGAAUAACACGCCACACACGCAAGGAGCAGAGACAAGAGACAAGGAGCAGAGACAAGGAGCUGGAUGGAGGCGAUUUGUUUUGUAACCACAGACUCAAGACUGGCGGGGGCAUGUGUGGCAUUCGUGAUUCGUGA